UGUGCGCACGGCACAGCCACCCAAACAAACCCUGGUCCGAGUAGAAAUGGACCCCGAAGUUCCCUAAGGAGCCGUUUCACCUUGCAUUUGCUCGUGGGUCUUCGUUAGCAUUGGGGACCCCAGCGUCGGUGACCGGAAGUCCCCGCGAGCCCGGGUGGCGUGCCGUGUGCAGAGGCGCUGAGCAGGGUGAGAACCCUGAUUAAUAACACAAGUUGGACCUUUCUGAGCUCUGUGUGUCCCACAAUGUCUACAUAUGACCUUCACCUUGGGCCCUACAGACAUCGCUAUCAAAUGUUGGAUCAGUGACUACAUGGCCAUUGCCUUUUUUAGGACUCUCUGCACCUCUGCAGACCCCUGGGUCAGGCCACCUCAUUCAGGCUGCUGAAUUCCCCAUCAUACCACAGCUGGCCUCACCCGGCACCUCUGCCCGGAGCCUCCAGAUGCCCACCCAAGUUGAUGGUCCUGAGAAAACCCUGAUCUGCCAAGGAAAACACAAAAAGUCCAGUGGGAACGGGCCUGUAGGCAUGAGUUCAUCCCAGAAACUCCAGACUCUGCAUCCAGAGCAGCAGGAUGCAUCUUGUGAGAAAUUGUUGUCCAUCGAAGAUGUGACUGUGGCGUUCACCCAGGAGGAGUGGCAGCACCUGGACCCCGCCCAGAGACGCCUGUACCAGGACGUGAUGCUGGAGAUCUACAGCCACCUCAUGUCAGUGGGAUACCCCAUUCCCAGCCCGGAGGGCCUCUUCAGGAUGAAGAAAGAAAAUGAGACACAGGUGUGGAUGGCUGAACCCCUGCGUCAGAGCUGUCAAGAAGGGGCUUUGGAACUUGAUAGAUCACCACAGCAAGUUCCUGAGAAACGUUCCUUUCAAGAUUAUAUGGUGAGUGGAGCCAUAAGUGGUGAGUGUUCCAUUUUAGAACUGUGGAAAGGUGCUGGUCCUACAAAGAGAGAUGCGCAAAACCAGAUCCGACCCAUGAGACCUGGUUUCAUCAACAAGAAAACUCUGGACACAGAUGGUAGUUGUGACUGUGAAGAGAGUGGGGGGCCAUUCCUUUGGAGCCUCAUUUCUACACAAAAUAGACCUCCAAACUCUGGAGCGAAAAGUUUGAACUCUAAACUAGAAGCAAAUGGUCAGAAUCAAAGCAGUGUCAGAAAACAGCUGAAUGGCCAGCUUAAAACUGGUCCGCUCUUUACACCUGGCUCUUUUGAUGCUAACUGUUCCAUUACACACAGAGGAGAGAGAUCCUGCAAACAUAGUCAGUUCAGAAAAGUUCUCAGCCAUAAACAACCACUUAUGUGGCAUGAAACUCAUUCUCAGGAAAAGCCAAAUGACAGUACUGAAUUGGGGAAUGAUUUCAGUCAGCAUCAGAUGAGCCACACUGUGAAGAGGCCUUCCGUGAGUCCCAAACGUGGGAAGGCCUUCCUCCAGAAGUCAGAGUCAAAAACCCAUCAGCAAACUCAGACUGGAAAGAAAUCUUAUGAAUGCAAAGACUGCGGGAAUGUGUUCAGUCAUCCAUCCCAACUUAAGGUGCAUCACCAAAUUCACUUGGGGAAGAGGCCUUACAUGUGUUCUGAAUGUGGAAAGACCUUCCAGCAGAAGUCAGUACUCAGGGCGCACCAGAGAAGUCACACAGGAGAAAAGCCUUACAAAUGUAUUAACUGUGGGAAAGCCUUAGCCUCUAAGGCCCAACUCCAAGAGCAUGAGCGGAUUCACACAGGAGAGAAGCCCUAUGUGUGCACGGAAUGUGGGAAGGCCUUCAGAGGUAGGUCAACCUUCCGUAAACAUAAAAUAACACAUGCUCCAGAAAGACAUUUUCUCUGUCGAAAAUGUGGGAAGGCCUUCCUCCUCAAAUCAGAGUUGUUAUCCCAUCGGCGAACUCACAUUGGAGAGAAGCCUUAUCAGUGCCAAGACUGUGGAAAACUGUUCAAUAGAGCAUCUCAACUGAAGGUGCAUCGUCGAAUUCAUACAGGUGAGAAGCCUUAUGAAUGUAGUGACUGUGGCAAAGCCUUCACCCUAAAGGCACACCUCAAUGUACACCUAAAAGUUCAUAUUGAAGGAAAAUACCAUGUGUGCCAUGAGUGUGGGAAUGCCUUCAGGAAGGAGUCGGUGCUAAGAACACAUCAAAGAAUUCACACAGGGGAGAAGCCUUACAAAUGCAGUGACUGUGGGAAAGCCUUAGCCUCUAAGCUCCAACUCCAAGAGCAUGAGCGGAUUCACACAGGAGAGAAGCCCUAUGUGUGUACGGAAUGUGGAAAGGCCUUCAGAGGUAGGUCAAUUUUCCGUAAACAUAAGGUAACUCACACUAGGGCAGGACCGUUUGUCAGCCACAAAUGUGGGAAAGGCUUCUCUCGGACGUCAGAGUUGACAUCGCAUUGGCGAACUCACACUGGAGAGAAGUCUUAUGAAUGCCAAGACUGUGGAAAACUGUUCAAUAGAGCAUCUCAACUGAAGGUGCAUCUUCGAAUUCACACAGGUGAGAAGCCUUAUGAAUGUAGUGACUGUGGAAAAGCCUUCACCCAAAAGGCACACCUCAAUAUACACCAGAAAAUUCAUACUGAAGGAAAACACCACGUGUGCCGAGAGUGUGGGAGAGCCUUCAAGGAGGAGUCACUGCUCCACACACACCAGAGAAUUCACACAGGGGAGAACCCUUACAAAUGUACUCACUGUGGGAAAGACUUAGCCUCUAAGCUCCAACUCCAAGAGCAUGAGCGGAUUCACACGGGAGAGAAGCCCUAUGUGUGCAUUGAAUGUGGGAAGGCCUUCAGAGGCAGGUCAAUUUUCCGGAGACAUAAGAUUACUCACACUAGGGCAGGACCUUUUGUCUGUCACAAAUGUGGGAAGGCCUUCCUUCAGAAGUCAGAGUUGACAGUCCAUCUGCGAACUCACACUGGAGAGAAGCCGUAUGAAUGCCAAGACUGUGGGAAAUUGUUCAGUAGGACAUCCCAACUGAAGGUGCAUCAGCGAAUUCACACAGGUGAGAAGCCUUAUGAAUGUGACGACUGUGGAAAAGCAUUUACCCAAAAGGCGCACCUCAAUAUACACCUGAAAGUUCAUACUGAAGAAAAACACCAUGUGUGCUGUGAAUGUGGGAAUGCCUUCAAGGAGGAAUUGGAGCUCAGCAGGCACCAAAGAGUUCACACAAGGAAGAAGCCUUACAAAUGCAGUCACUGCGGGAAGGACUUACCCUCUAAGCUACACCUCCAAGAGCACGAGCGGAUUCACACCGGAGAGAAACCCUACAUGUGCACUGAAUGUGGGAAGGCCUUCAGUGCUAGGUCUAGUUUCCACAGACAUAAAAUAACUCACACUAGGGCAAAUCAUUUUGUCUGUCACAAAUGUGGGAGGGCCUUCCUCCAGAAGUCAGAGUUGACAGCCCAUCAGCGAAGUCACACUGGAGCGAAGCCGAAGGGACGCCAUGAGUGAGCAAUCACUGUCCCACAUUCUCGCUCUUCAGUGAGACUCAUGCAGUUCACACAAGGAGAGCUCUUAUACAACAGGUCUUACCACGAAAUCAAUUCCCAGCUCAUCAGCAUAUUCCCAAUAUACUCCUAGAAUUACUUGAAGAAGAGAGCAUUUUAAAAGAGACAUAAUUGUUCAUGGUGAAAUUCAUAAUAGAGAACACAUCUAGCUCUCCAUUUGAUUUUUUGUU